UUGUGUGAGUAUGAGGAGGAGAAGAACCGUUAUACGCAACUUUUUUAGAGGGUAGUUUAGUCCUGGGAUUUUUUUUUAUUUUGACAUCGGGAGAUUCUUAUCCGUUCUUUGGGGAGUUCACUUUUCUCGGCUUUCUGCUCCGCGCUCAUCAGACGCAUCAAACGAAAGGAUGGCGGACUGGAAAAUGCCCGUGAGUUACAAUUUUAAUCCGUCUUACCACGCUUAUGCCUACGGGCUCAUGUACCAGCAGGCGUCCGAGCACGGCCACCCGAACCUCAGCUGGGCAGAGGCCGCUUACACUCACGCCGGUGGGGUCACCGGGAGUUUUUACUCCACUCAAACCGCACAGCAGUCGCCACCCUGGAGCCCAGAAAACGCGAAUGCCAGUAACUACGGGCACUACCCGGGCAACACGCAAAACGGACGACUGUUAAUCUCCUACAAUAAGACGGAGCUCGAGCCUAAAGCCAAGGAUGCUGAGCAGGCCGAGAGCGAUACACCUAGUGAUUCAGAGGCCCAUACGCCAGAUUCCUGGACCUCUGGAAGCAGCCGAGAAGGGCCUGCCAUGACCAAUCUGAACCUUCCUUCCUGGAGAGACCAGGAUUAUGAAUCUGACGGUGGCAGUCCUGAAAGCAGAGAGCUCAUUUCAAAUGCUCUUGCGGUGGUGACCGAAGAGCAAGGUGGUCUGAAUUUGGGGGUAAACAGCUUGCCCCAAUUGCCUCCACCAAAUGCAUCUCAGAAACGACCAGUGAUCCAGCCUCGCAAGACCCGGGCUGCUUUUUCUGAGGCGCAGAUGAAUGCUCUCAUCCACCGGUUUAAUGUCCAACGGUACCUCACACCUGCGGAGAUGAAGACCCUUGCAGGAACGACGGGGUUGACGUACAAACAGGUGAAAACUUGGUUUCAGAACCGUAGGAUGAAGUUGAAAAGGCAUCAACGAGACAGCAGCUGGAUGACUGAGAGAUAUGUUAUUAAUGGUGCUUCUAACACACCAGCACCUCCAUCUCAGUCCCAAAAUGAUAACCCCACACCAAUCCAAGACCCUUACGGUAAUCCUCAGAUGAGAGAGUCCAUAUUCAAGAGGAGUCCUCCACAAACCCCAUUGUACCCCAGCUAUCCAAAGCCACAUUCUCCACCUCAGUCCACUGCAAGACCCACCGGAACGUGGCCUCUUCCCCCAGCUGUGAUGCACUACGAGUUCCCUAACCCUAGCAGCUACAUGCAAGUUCACAUCAAUGCCAACGGCAGUGCCAAAAGUAAUGUCAGCGACGGAGAGGGCAAAGGAAGCAGUCCUAUUAAAAUGCCAUCAAUGUCUAGUGCCACACAGUGGUCAACAUAAGGAAUGACUUUGGCUGCUUGUAAAUAUACAUUUUUGUCUGAGCCACACAGCCUUUAGUGUUGACUGUGCUUGUAAAUAUUUUUUGGAGCAACCAAGCGUUGCCUGUAAGGUUUUUAUUAGCCAGUAAUGUUGCAAGUCAAUAAUGGUGGCCAAAUGAACUGAAUCUUUUAUGAUCAUGUAAAGUUGCCUUUUAUUCCCAGCUUGUUUUAUACCGAAGCUCUAUUUUUAUAACUUCAUUGUACCUUUCAGAGUAUUUAAUAUCUCUCUCUUCCUUGCUCUUCCAGGUGGGUAGGCAUUUUUUUUUUUUUAGCUAGGACAAAUUGUUAGAGUUCCAAGAAUUUGUAUGCAAGGCACUGCUCUACAUCUGAUGUGUACUGGAGAAGGUUGUCUGUACUGCACUGUUUGUGUUCUGCGUUUCAGUCCUUAUAUUUCAAGUUUCAUGUAUUUCACCGCUCAUUGUUUGUGAUCUGUUACAUUUGUGAAUUCGCUUGAUUAAAGUCUUGCUCACAUGUACCUGGUUUAAACUGAUACAACAUUCAUGUUAUAUUUGCCACUCUAGGCUUGUGCUUGCAAAGUACUCUUGCCCACACAAAAGCUAUUGUUCUGUGACAUAGGUUUGAGAAAUAAAUGUUUUGUCUGACUU